CUUCACGUCGUCCUUGUUUCUUGCUGCUCGCGAUUCCCCUUAGCAGUCGCACAUCAUGGAUCCUUACUCCCCAGAAGGAGAGCUCAUCAACAUCCACUCGGCCUUCCACGCUGGCGCCUACCAACAAGUCCUCGACUUCGACACAUCCUCCUUCUCCGCCUCCAAUGCGCUCCCUGCCCGCGUCCUCAAGCUGCGCAGCCAAAUCGCCCUCGGCCAGGCAGAAUCAGUAUCCAGCGAACUCGCAGCGGAGAAGACACCGGAUCUUGUCGCGGUAAAGCUGCUGGCAGACUACGAGCAAGGCAAAGAUGUCCUGAGCGAGGCGAAAAAACUAGCUGAGCAGAGCGGACAGGAGAGCCUGGCAGUGCAGCUUUGCGUGGGUAUGAUUCUCGAGCGGGCCGGAGAGACAGAGGCUGCGCUUGAACUGUUGAGCAAGCACCAAGGCAGCCUGGAUGCGGUAGCGCUCAUUGUGCAAAUCCACCUCCAGCAAAACCGUACAGACCUCGCUGCCAAGGAAGCCCAGCGCGCACGGAAAUGGGCACAAGACAGCCUCCUGGUGAAUAUUGCUGAGAGCUGGGUUGGCAUGCGCGAGGGCGGCGAGAAAUACCAGUCCGCAUUCUACGUAUUCGAGGAACUGGCCACAACUGCACAGUCCACCUCACCACACUCUCUCGUCGCGCAAGCCGUGUCCGAGCUCCAUCUUGGCCGCCUCCCUGAAGCUGAGGCCGCUUUACAACAAGCCCUCUCAAUCGACGGCACAUCGGCCGACACAAUUGCAAACAUGAUUGUCUUGAACACAUUGCUGGGCAAGAACGAAGAGACGGAGGAGAUGAAGACACAACUUCAGUCGGUGGCCCCACAACACCCGGCCAUCGCAGACUGGGCUAGCAAGAAGGAGGAAUUCGCAAAGGCUGCCGCAAAGUACACACCGCAGUUCGAGGUGGCUUCGUAAGAAGGGGGCGAAAACAGCAGCAACCCCGGAUUUGCAUGAAGAGAGGUGGUUUAUCAAACGGAGUAACGACAAGCGUGAGAAGCCGGAGGGGCCGCCCCAAACUCAGACCGCAAAAGGCGCGAUCCGAUGGCAUUAGCUGGUGUGAAAGCGACGGAAGAAGCAAAGAAUGAAGCGACCGACAUAUUGACAAAUACAUGAGGCAGCCGAAGUAUGCAAUGGAUGAUGAAUUGAAAAGUGUGGGAGCUUGGACAAUAGUCAUCAGCGGUAACAAAGGGCACUUGUUGUUUGCAUGACCACUCCUACAGACUACGAAAUAGAGACACGACAACAUGACCAAGGUGCUCCAAUGCGUCCAGC